AAAUUAUUCUAAUUUCCAUUUCAUUUGAAAAACUCAGCAGAAUAUAAAAAAGCAUCAAACUGUAAGCAAUGGAUUUUGGAUGCAGAGACGUUAGCAUUUGGAAGGAAGCACUCUCUACUUACUCCUCUCGAAUACAAUCUCUUUCUCUCACCAAAAACAAACCCAAUUUGAUUUCUCUCAACGAUUUUUAUUGCAAUGAACUCCCUUCGCUUCUUCACCAACGAAACCCUAACCCUUUCAUCACCACUGAUGAACUUUCCAAACUCAUGCAAUGGAAACUCACCCGUGGCAAGUGGAGGCCGCGAUUGUUGGAUUUUGUUUCUUCGUUGGACAAUGCUGUAGUGAAAUGUGCUUCUGAGAAGGCAUUUGAGAGUCUUCCUGAUAUAUCGAAAGCGAUUACCGAGCUGAGCGCGUUGAAAGGCGUUGGACCUGCUACUGCUUCUGCCGUUUUGGCUGCUUUUGCUCCUCACUUAACCCCUUUCAUGUCUGAUGAGGCUAUGGAAGCUGCUCUUGGAAGCUCAAAAGAUUAUACACUGAAGCAAUAUCUUGUAUUCGCCAAUAAACUGCAGGAGAAAGCAAAGGAACUAAGUUCAGAAGAUGCUUCAUUUACCCCAUCCGAUGUAGAAAGGGCUUUGUGGAGUUGUGCUAUAGGGAAGUCAUUAGCACCUCAAAAAAAUCAGGACUCUAAGACCAAUCCAAACAAGAGCUCUAAAAGAAAGAGAAAAACUUGACAUAAAAACUGACCAAUUAAUUAAUGAAUUUACAAGUAAUGUCUGUCCUUUUUAUGAUAUGUUAGUUUCCCCCUCUUUGUUUGGAAUAUUGUCCUUGUAUGAUAUUUUAGUUCUUUUAAGCUUUGUGACCAAAUUGAAAUUUCAUGUUUCUUUUUAUUGCUACGGUGCUAACAUUCCUUUUCUUGAAAGCGGACGUAUGAAGGAACUUAGAUUCUUGCA